CAGCAGUCCACAGCAGGCAUCACUCACGCGAGCACUUCUCACUUCACUUCCAGCGGCGGAGCUCGAGGAUACAGGAGGAGGAUGCGGGUCUCCGGGCUUCUGACAGGCGCUUUCGCUCUGCAUAUGCUCCUAGCCGCGAGAUGCUUGCCUUUACACGGGGGACAAGGACUGGCGAAGCACAAAGAGUCCCCGGGCUUGUCAUAUAUUCCUCAUUUGCACUCUGAGAAGAGGAGAGGCAGAGUCCCUCACCCUCAGGACACCUUCAAACCUCCAGCAUGGCCAAAAGAAGAGCCACAUAUCAACACCCCACUCAGGAACAGCUCCGGGGCCACGGGUCCCAAACGCUGUGGCGUCCCAGACUAUCCCGAACAGAGAGAUGUGCACCUCCGCCAGAAACGCUAUGUGCUCUUUGGAGGACGCUGGCCAAAAACUGACCUCACCUACAAAAUCCAGCGUUUUCCAUGGCAGAUGCGUGAGGAUAAGGUGAGGCGGAUUUUCCAAGAAGCUUUGAAGGUCUGGACUGAUGUCACGCCUCUCACCUUUACUGAGGUCAUAAACCAGGAGGCCGACAUUGUCAUUGACUUUACAAGGUACUGGCAUGGUGAUAAUUUGCCUUUUGAUGGCCCUGGUGGGAUCCUGGCUCAUGCGUUUUUCCCGAGGACACAUCGAGAGGGAGACAUUCAUUUUGAUUACGACGAAUCUUGGACAGUUGGGAAUGAACUUGGAACAGAUCUUCUUCAAGUGGCAGCCCAUGAGUUUGGUCACGUACUGGGUCUACAGCACUCUCUGGUGCCUGGAGCCAUCAUGUCCCCAUUUUACAGCUUCUCCUAUCCUCUCGAGCUCAGCGAGGAUGACAAGAAGGGGAUCCAGUACCUGUAUGGACCCCCAGUGCGAGCUCCGCCACAAAUCCCAGCAGAAACCAAUGACAUUCCCAGUGCAUUCCCACCUGACGCUUGUCACACAGAUUUCGAUGCUGUGUCUAUAAUCCGUGGGGAAUUGUUCUUCUUCAAGGCCAGCUAUGCGUGGCGCAUCAGGGAUGGCCGUCUGCAGGCCGGAUACCCUGCGCUGGCCUCCCGACACUGGAGUGGCAUUCCACAGAAAAUAGACGCCACCUAUGAAGACAAAAAGGGCAAUAUCUGGUUCUUUGAAGGUUCCAACUACUGGGUGUUUGAUGCCGAGCACAGGAUUAAAGGGCCAGACUCUUUAGUAUCUUUAGGCCUCUAUGUCUCAAACAUUCAGGCCGCGCUGCGCGUAAAGGAGCACCACAGCCAGCACACAUACUUCUUCAAGUCUGGAAACUACUGGCGUUUGGAUCCUCAAGAGAACAGAGUGGACACGUCUGCCCCUCGCAGGAUCCAGCAGGACUGGUGGGGUGUUCCUGAGGAGAUUGAUGCUGCCUUCCAGGAGGCCAGCGGCUUUGUGGUCUUCAUCAGCCGCCGGCAGUACUGGAAGUUUGACCCAGUUCAGCGGAAGGUUUUGGAAGGUUAUCCACGUUACAUCGGUGCUGACUUUUUCGGAUGUAAUAUUGUCGAGAAGAGAAAGAUCAUGGCAAACAGCGUCACUCAGGAGUACAUGCAGAUUCCCGCGGUCACUCGCGCUUACACCACUGCAUGUGUCCUGACCACGGCCGCUGUGCAACUGGAGCUCAUCACGCCAUUUCAACUCUAUUUUAACCCUGACUUGAUAUUAAAAAAAUACCAGAUAUGGCGACUGAUCACCAACUUCUUGUUUUUUGGACCUCUUGGCUUCAGCUUCUUGUUCAACAUGAUUUUCCUAUACCGAUACUGCCGGAUGCUGGAGGAAGGCUCCUUCCGCGGCCGAACGGCAGAUUUCGUUUACAUGUUCCUGUUUGGCGGUGUUCUCAUGACUCUCUUUGGUCUUUUUGCUAACCUGUUCUUCUUGGGCCAGGCGUUCACCAUCAUGCUGGUUUACGUGUGGAGCAGAAGGAACCCGUUUGUCCGCAUGAACUUCUUCGGCCUGCUCAACUUCCAGGCUCCAUUCCUGCCCUGGGUGCUCAUGGGCUUCUCUCUGCUUCUGGGCAACUCUAUUGUUAUUGAUCUCCUGGGGAUUGGUGUUGGACACAUCUACUACUUCCUGGAGGAUGUAUUUCCAAACCAGCCAGGAGGCAGAAAGCUUCUUGCCACUCCUGGAAUUUUUCGAUUUUUGUUUGAUCCGCCUCAAGAAGAUCCGAAUUACGCUCCUCUUCCAGAAGAUCAGAGUGGGAUGUCCUGGAAUGGACAAGGUGUAGAAGAUCAAAAUGAGGAUGAUCUUCAGAGAGACGAAAACUGAAGGUUUCACACUCAGAACUUUUGACGUCCUGCUUGUUUUAUUUGAAGUUUAAGCCUACAUUUCAAGUUGUGUUAAGUCAGACUAUGCAAUAGUUGUUGAAGGUGAAGAAAGUGGUCACACUUUCAGAAGGAUCCCAGAAAAAGAUUGAAACUUGAUCCACCUUUGUGCCUUCUGUGCAAAUUAAAUGCACAAAACCCAAAUUUAGCAUUCAGUGCCAUGCGCAUCACUAACAACUUUUCCUUUGUUAUUUUGUUCCGGAAAAAACAAUGCCCGUCUGUUGAACUCGUUUUUUAACAAGUGUUGAAUGAAUCUUACAGAGCAGCGGUGGCUGGCAGUAAUGGACUUGAAAAGAGAAGCUAUUCAAAUCUCCCAAACCACAAUCUACCAUUUUAGAGGGGGUGUAAUCUCCACUAGAGGAUACUUUCUUGGGUACAAUACUGUGAAUACGUACAUCUUUUCCCACAAUACAGUGAGCGGUGGCACAGGUGAACACAUUCACAAAUGUGCCGACUAUCUGAAAUGCCAAAUUGAACUGCAGACUAUGCAUUUCCAAGCCUGGGCCUUUGUGAGCGCAGUACCGCCACAAAAUACAAAAGGCUUUGUAUGGUGAAACUGAAAGAGGAGUUUGACUUUUUUUUUUUUUAAACCGUUGUAUGUUAAAGAAAGCUCAUGCUUAUUUGAAUACAUAUACAAAAGGGCGAUUAAUAAAGUUUCCUGUUGGAUUUUAGUGGCCAUCUGAUUUAAAGUGCAAAUGUAUUGCAAACUACGGAAGAAAAAGCAACACGACAGUUAUUAUUUUCUUCAUUUUAUUUAAAAGCACAUUAUGUUUACAAAAUGGCAUCUAUACACAAACACAAAACAAGACAAAUAAAGAUACCAUAAAAUAUUC